AUGUCGCCGUUCUCAUUCCUGUCCUCCAAAACGAAAGCAACCCGUACCGUCAAAGAGGCGCGCCUACUACUUGAGGAGACGAAGCGACUGUUAGACCGAGCUACGCAGAAUCCAGAGCACGCAUUAUCUGACGGAUUCGUUGUUGAGGCAGAUCUCGAGAGGAUAUGGACCGAGACCCGAGUCAAACAACUUCUGCGACUCUGCUGCAACUGUCCGGAACGCAAUCUUGAUCAAGUCUCGGCUACUGUCAUUGAGCACUACCUCAAAACCAUCUCCAUCCUGACCUACAUCUCGUGGACGAAAUGGCCCAUAUUCCCGGAUAUAUUCAUGGGCAAAAGCUCUACCUGGGAGUUUGCGCACAAGCACCACCGUAGUGAUGAAGACCUGCCUUUCACAUCACUGGACGAGCUUCGAAGUGCGAGAUUCAUGGACACGUUCGGCUCUAGCUUCUACCAGCAUCAAUAUCUGUUCAUUCCAAUAAAGAUUGGAGACCCUCAGCCCGUUGUAAACGAGGGCAAAUGUCCCACAAGCCUACCAGACCCCAUCUGUGCUAUAUACACAGAGCAUUACCGUCUUCCUGUCAUUGGAACCACACGAAUUGGUGGUGGAGCCUCCGGCGAGGUCUUCGAAGAAACCGUGGCGUCCGGCUGCAUCGCUUUGGGUGAUGAUGCUUGGAACAAGAAGGCAUUGAUAGAACAACUGAGGAAUUGCAAGCUGCAGCACGAAAGCAUCACGAAAUGCUACGGUAUGGUGGUCCGACGGGGCAGACACAAAAAUCAACUCGACAUAUUUUACGAGCUAGCCUCGUCCAACUUGAGCCAGUUCCUUACCUCGAACAGUGUCGGACAAGGUUAUCAAAGGCAUGACUUCCAAUCCGACUUGCUCAAACAAGCGGAAUGUCUUGCUUGGGCUCUUGCGCAUUGCCAUGAAUACCUUUACGAUGACGACCGAGGGCCUCUUCGUCUUGCUCACAAUGAUCUGAAGCCUGAAAACAUACUGGUGUUCCACGACACAAGGAGUUUGACAGGCGUCUUCAAGAUCGCCGACUUUGGCCUGUCUAAGGUCAAGUUGGCGGUUCAUGAGGGGCAGUUCCUUUCACCAGACGGUCGGACCAACCAGUCGAUCACAACUGCUCGACGUCCACCCGGUGGAUAUACUGCCCCGGAGAUCGUGAAGGAGGGUAUCCAGCUCACCAGCGGUGGUAGUCGUCACUGUGAUAUGUGGUCAUUCGGAUGCAUUCUCAGUGAGAUUCUUAUGUACUCCAUUGGAGGCGCAGGCCAGGUACUUGCCUUCAAGAAUCUGCGGUUUCCAGGAAACUCCAAUGACUAUCGCGACGACAGCUUCUUCGAGGAACUUCGGGAGCGUGGCCACUUCCGACUGAAGGAACCGGUUUUCAGUCACCUCCUUCAAGUACGCGGUCAGUUUGGCGAAAAUUGCUGGGUUGCACAAUUCGUCGACCUUAUCUUCGAUACACUGGGAGUCAAUAAAGAUCCAGCUAGUCAUGGCGCCAUCGUCCAGUCUUCCAGACCGAAAGCUUCGGAGAUUCGAAAGCGCCUACGACUAAUAUGCAACGCUCAAAGAUCCCAGUCCCAGGUCCCUCGUAUUGACACACCCGGACCUUCUGCAUCUCCAAGUGUAUCGCAGAGAUCAGUGUUUAGUGAGCACUCUCAACGACCGAGUAAUGAUGGAUCGUCAAUCGCACGCAAUGAAACCAAAAGCUCGAAUAGAAGCAUUUCCACAUCCUCACAGUCUAUGCAAUCUCCUCCGUCGAUGCAUCUUAGCCCAAGUCGGGCUCGUACAGAUCUAUCGGCCAGAGACAUGAAGAGUGCUAAGCUCAGCCCUGAUGCUAAAUACCUAGCAUUGUGGUCAAGAAGACAACUCGUCGUCCAUUCGCUUUCUACAGCCUCGAAGAAGGUGCUCCUUCGUUGCGACGUCUCGGCCCAACCAUCGACCAAGAUCGAACUGGUGACAAUGUUCGAAGACGAGGUUGCAAUUGGUGUAAAGAGCCCAGACGGUACAGAAAUCAGAUACUACGACGUUUCGAACGAGAAUCAGAUCGGCCCACCGCAACAACCGAGGAUCUUCAAGCCUGAGGACCCCGAGGGACUUAUCGAUAUCUUUCUAGGAAUGGAUGGAGCUGUGAUUCUAUGGUAUUCCGACUGUGUCAGGAUCGGGUCAUCACGCACGAGCAUUGAAAGUCUCGAUGCCGAGUAUUACAAAAAGAUGGAAAACACUUCCGAUAUAGCCCACAAGCCAUCUGUUUCGCUCAAUGGCCGUUGCUUGAUGCUCUGUCACAACCCACGACCUAUCGAGGACCCACAGCUGGAGACAUGGUGCACUUACGACAUCCCUGGCAGCUCGCUCACUUGGUCCACACCAACUAAGGUGCCCCAUCCUGAUGUUGGUGGAGAUAUUAUGCCAACAUUGAUGAUACCAAUCCAAGACAAUGUCGCAAUGUACUAUCCUUCGGGUACUGUCAAGUUUUUUGAUGGCAUCACCCAUGUCAGCAAAAUCGACAAGAACGUGCUGUGUGCUGCAGCCACCAGUUUGACUCCUGGAAACCCGCUAAUAGCUCUAUUUGUAUACAUUGUGGAAAAGAAAAAAGGCAAGCCUGAGAUAUACUGUGCGGACGUUCAGAGAUCCGAAAGCCGCAUCUCGUUGGAGAAUCUGCGCAAAGCAGCGGACUACCCAGGAAAGAUGAAGUUGAUACCAAGUAUGGGGUUCAGCUGGACCAAUCGGAUCGGAUUACUAUUACUCUCCGACAUUUCUCAUUAUGCGUCUCUUCCUAGUUACUAA